CAUCUCUUCUUCCUAUUAUCUCCUACUUACAUCUAUCACUUCAUCCAUCAUCUGCCAUCAUUCAUCUCUCUUCCCCCCAUCCCGAGGAUCAGAGAAUUGAAAGUCAUCGGGACAUCAUUUCCCACUCUAUACAUUGUUAUCAAGAGUUCUUUCAUUUUAAUUAAUUUGUCACUGUUCGGAGUCGUCCAUCAUGAAGGGAGCUCUGCUAACCGCAGCUGUGCUGCUUGGCUCCGCCCAGGCCGGAGUCCACAAGAUGAAGCUUAAGAAGAUUCCUCUUUCGGAACAACUGGAAAGCAUCCCGAUCGAGACUCAAAUGCGAGGCCUCGGCCAGAAGUACAUGGGACCCCGACCCGAGACUCAUUCACAGGCGGUGUUCCAAGACACUUCUAUCCAUACCGACACAGAUCACCCCGUUCCCAUCUCCAACUUCAUGAACGCUCAGUACUUCUCUGAGAUCAGCAUCGGUACGCCGGCCCAAGACUUCAAGGUCAUCCUCGACACGGGAAGCUCCAACCUCUGGGUUCCUUCAUCAUCUUGCGGCAGUAUUGCUUGCUAUCUCCACUCCAAAUAUGACUCCUCGUCCUCGUCAACAUAUAAGAAGAACGGCACUGAGUUCGAGAUUCGCUAUGGAUCUGGUAGCUUGAGUGGUUUCGUGUCUCAGGACACCCUAACUAUCGGUGACCUCACUGUCAAGAACCAAGAUUUUGCUGAGGCUACCAGCGAGCCUGGUCUGGCUUUUGCCUUCGGUCGGUUCGAUGGUAUUCUUGGAAUGGGGUUCGAUCGCCUUUCCGUCAAGGGCAUCGUCCCUCCAUUCUACCAGAUGGUUAACCAGAAAUUGAUCGAUGAUCCCGUCUUCGCUUUCUACCUAAGUGGCGAUAAUGGAGGCGACGACUCGGAGGUCGUUUUUGGUGGUGUCGACAAGGACCACUACACCGGCAAGAUCACCGAAAUCCCUCUGCGCCGCAAGGCCUACUGGGAGGUGGACUUCGACUCUAUCUCUUUCGGUGACGAGACUGCCGAGCUCGAGAACACUGGUGUCAUCCUCGACACUGGUACUUCUUUGAUCGCUCUCCCCAGCGACCUUGCCGAGCUCCUGAACAAGGAGAUCGGUGCCAAGAAGAGCUUCAACGGCCAGUACACCGUCGACUGCUCUGUCCGUGACUCGCUUCCUGAUAUCAGCUUCAAGCUUGCCGGAUACGACUUUGCCAUCGGACCUUACGACUACAUCCUCGAGGUUCAGGGCAGCUGUAUCUCGACCUUCAUGGGCAUGGACUUCCCCGCCCCUGUUGGUCCUCUUGCCAUUCUCGGCGAUGCAUUCCUCCGAAGAUGGUACUCCAUCUACGACCUCGGUAAGGGCACCGUCGGCCUGGCUAAGGCUAAAUAGGUGAAGGCUGACGGGACCUUGGGAGAAGAUCUGUGAACUAUCUUGUAUGCUUGUGAUGAGAUUGCGACGCAACAUGGGUAUUGUACGGGUUCGAUCAUAAUAUGAGGGCGACAACGCGUUUGAUUGCAUUUCCAAUUGAACCCUCAUCUGCGGUGUUUUUUUCCUUUAGGGUAUUCCCCUCGAAACGUGUUAGUCGCGAAGCAUGAUGAGACUUGAGUCUCCGUUGUAAAUUACCCAACAUCACGUAUUCGUUUAGCUUGAUACAACAUACGUAUUUCUCAAGGAAUCUCUAUCGAUCUACGGAUUACUUAAGUUGUCAUACUCUGAAGUGAAAUUGUCUAGUUAAUUUCGUACUAUUUAUCUUGUUACA